CUCCUCCUCCUCCUCCCGCUCCCCUCUUUUAUCAUCCUGGCUGGCUGGGCGCUGCGCUGGCGAGUUGACUCCUUCCCUCCCCCCCGCCCCGCGGCCCCCCUCCCCCCGCCCGCGCCGUGAGCACCGGCGGCGCGGAGGCGAGAGCCCACUUGCGAGGCGGCAGAAGCAGCAUAAGGCAGCGCGGCGGCGGCGGCGGCAGCGGCGGCGGCGGCAGCAGCAGCACCCGAGCGGCGGCGGCGGCGGGAGCGGCGGCGGGAGCAGCAGCGGCGGCGGCGGCGGCGGCGGCAGCGGGGACACGGCGCGGCGGGAGCGGCGAAGCGGCUGAGCGGGGCAGAGCGGAGCGCAGCGCGGCGCGGCGGGGACGGAGAGGAGGAACAAAUAAACAAUCAUAAUAAUAAUAAUUAAUAAUAAUAACAAUAAUAAUAAUAUUAAUAAAAAAAAGCGAGGAGAGGAGGAGGAAAAAAACCAAACAGCCAGCCCCCCCCACCCCCGAGCCAAAAAGAGGGAGAGAGAGAGAAAGAGAGCAGCGCCCGGGCGGAGCGGCGGAGAGGAAGAAUUAAAGCGAGCGAAGGAGGGAGGAGAGACAGAGCAGAGAGAGAGAGAGAGGAGGAAAGAGGAGGAAAAAAAAAAAAAAGCCCACAAAAACAAAGCGAUCGCAGUUGAUGUUGCUGCUGCAAGCUGGACUUCCAAAAACUACGGCGAGACCGUCCGCUCUCCGCGCCGAGAAAAGUCUCCUCAACUGUGCGUGUUUUUUUCCGCUGUGUGUGUAAUCUUUAACCUUUUAUUCAUUCUUAUUUUGAUGGCUUUCCUGAAUGGCUGACUGCGAGCUUCCCUGGACCUGGCCCCCAGACACCCGCCUCUCCUCCUUCAACUACUCUGCUGCAGAUCAGCUCUAAGAGAGAGAGAGGGAGAUCUUUGAAGAGAUUUUUUUUUUUUUUUCCUCUCUCUCUCUCUCUCUCUCUCUCCCUCUCUCCCCCACCCCCACCACCCCUUUACUUUGCUCUCCUGGAGCCCAGACAAUCGACUCGCAACUCGCCCCCCCGCACACACACCUCCAUCGCCCCGUGCUUCUGCACCUUCGCCGGUACCGGGAGAUCCCCCCCACCCCGACCCUCCUAAAAAAAAAAAAAAAAAAAAAAAAAGGCAAAACAACAAAAGAGAGAGGGGGAAAGAGAGAGAGAGAGGGGAGGAAAGAAAAAAAAAAAAAGACUGCUGCAGAGCUGAUCUGAAAAGCAAAGCAAACAAACUUUGAAAAUAAAGGGGGAACAGGAAGUUUGGCAACGGUGUCCAAUAGAUAUGGCAAUGGUAGUCGGUGCGUGGCGAGACCCCCAGGACGAUGUGCCCGGAGCUCAGGGAACGCAGCCUUCGCAAGCCCCGCCGGUGCAGGGACCUCCGGCCGGGGCCCCGCACACCCCACAGACCCCGGGGCCCGGGGGGCCUCCCAGUACGCCAGCCCAGACCAACCCGCCAAGCCAGCAGAACCAAGGAGACAAACAGCAGCAGCAGCAGCACAUUGAAUGUGUGGUUUGUGGGGACAAGUCUAGUGGCAAACAUUAUGGCCAGUUUACCUGCGAGGGUUGCAAGAGUUUCUUCAAGCGGAGUGUAAGGAGGAAUCUCAGCUACACUUGUCGUGCCAACAGGAACUGUCCCAUUGACCAGCACCACCGCAAUCAGUGUCAGUACUGCCGCCUCAAAAAAUGCCUCAAAGUUGGCAUGAGACGGGAAGUUUCUUCUUUAUUUACUGCAGCGGUCCAGAGGGGCAGAAUGCCACCCACACAGCCAACUCAUGGUCAGUUCGCCUUGACAAACGGGGACCCUCUCAACUGCCAUUCCUACCUAUCCGGAUAUAUCUCCCUUCUUCUGAGAGCAGAGCCCUACCCCACCUCCCGCUUUGGCAGUCAGUGCAUGCAACCCAACAACAUCAUGGGCAUCGAGAACAUUUGUGAACUGGCAGCUAGGAUGCUCUUCAGCGCGGUGGAGUGGGCCAGGAAUAUCCCCUUCUUCCCAGACCUCCAGAUCACAGACCAGGUGGCCCUCCUGAGGCUGACCUGGAGCGAGUUAUUUGUCCUCAACGCUGCCCAGUGCUCCAUGCCCCUCCACGUAGCUCCGCUCCUGGCAGCUGCUGGCCUCCACGCUUCGCCAAUGUCUGCUGACCGAGUGGUCGCCUUUAUGGACCACAUACGAAUCUUCCAAGAGCAAGUAGAAAAACUGAAAGCAUUGCAUGUCGACUCUGCAGAAUAUAGCUGUUUAAAGGCCAUAGUCCUCUUCACCUCAGAUGCCUGUGGUCUCUCUGAUGUAGCCCAUGUUGAAAGUUUACAGGAGAAGUCACAGUGUGCUUUGGAAGAGUAUGUUAGGAGCCAGUAUCCCAACCAGCCAACACGAUUCGGGAAGCUAUUACUACGUCUCCCCUCCCUUCGCACUGUCUCCUCUUCUGUCAUAGAGCAAUUGUUUUUCGUCCGUUUGGUAGGUAAAACCCCCAUAGAAACCCUAAUCAGGGAUAUGUUACUGUCUGGCAGCAGUUUUAACUGGCCUUAUAUGUCCAUUCAAUAAAAUAUUCGAGAGAGAAAAAAAAAAAUUAAAAAAAAUCAAAAAUUGAGAAGGGAGAUGAGAGAGAGUGAAAGGAAAGCAAAUGACAUUUGGGUUCUGGUUGUUUCUUAAAUUUCCUUCUGCUAAGAAAGGAUGUAAAAGGAUGUUACAAGUUUGCUAAGAGAAGACAGGAAAAAAAUUAAUGGACUGUGAAUUAAAAAAAAGAGACUGUCAAAUGAACUUUUACAGAAUGCAUUAAAAACUCCCGUGUCGUUCAGAAAAAAAAACUUGCUACUUAUCAUUUUUUGUAAAAAAUAAAAAAGAGAGAAAGAAAACAGAAAGAAAGAAAAAAGAGAAAGAAGAAGAAAAGAAACGAUGGUGGGCUUUUUCUUUUUUUCUUUUUUCUUCUUUUUUUUCUUUUUUGGGGUAAACUUUUUAAAAAAUCUCGCUUAAAGUGCAUUUAAAGGAAAUUUGGAGAAAAUUAGCAGAACGGAAGAAAGUAAGUCUUUUUUUUCCAAAUUAUUAAUUGUCCUAUGUGUCUAUGUACCUAUAGCUGUUCUUUUUUGUAUUUUUCUGGUUUCAAACCAGUUUAUUCUGUGGUUCUAUAAUAAUUUUUGAUAUAACCUUGGCUUCUUUAAAAAAAAAAAGUGUAUCCUUAAAAUAUAUGUUCUGAAAGAAUUAAAACUGAGUCCACGAAAGUAUCAUAGGAAGAAAGGAAGAGAAAAAAAAAACCCUCAACAACACAAUGAUGGAAGCGCACUUAAGGUGGUGACCCAAAAUCUAGCUUGAAGCUGAGAGAGCUAUAAUUAUAUAGACCCGAAUGAACCACACGUGUCAUAUAACUCCCCCAAAUCUAGGUUUUUUGAUAUUUCGGACAGAAAAUGAACUGUGGGGAUUUAUUAUAGGUAGAAGGAAUUUGUGUCCAAGACACACUACGGUUUUGAUUUAAAAAACAAACAAACAAGCAAAGUGAACUUUUGUAAUUUGAAUUGGGUUCCACAUAGUUCAUCAUGAAUUGUUAUUAAACUCCUCUAUCUGUUUGUAUAUUUGCAAGCCCUUUGUAUUAUAAUAAUUGUUGAUAUUUUCCCUUUUUAAAAAAUACCAUUGAAAUCAGCAUGACAAAAUAACACUGUUGGCACUUAUAGAUAACGUGAUUGAUUCAGUAUCUUAGAGUUUACAGUUUUGUGUUUAAAAAAACUGAAGGUUUUUUUUUAAGUGCAACAUUUCUGUAUACUGUAAAAGUUAUAAUAACUGAACUGUUUGGUCGAGUCUUUGUGUGUUAUAUUCCAAGGAAAAUUGAAAGUAUUCAGAAAUUAAAAUAUUAUUUGAUAUCUGAAA